AUGUCAAAUCGCGAAGACGACUGGAAAAACAAGCCGCCGUUUGGCCCCAAGCCAGAUGGUUUCAAAGCUCAAUGGCAUGGCAAGUGCCACUGCGGCAGAGUGACGUACGAGCUCAGCAGGGAGAAGCCACUGGCGUCCAAAUACUGCCACUGUGGCGACUGCAAGAAGCUUCAUGGAGCACCAUUUCAGUGGGCAGCGAUAUUCAACAAAGGCGAUAUCAACUUUGCCAAUGGCACAGAAGGCCUGGGGUUCUACCACACUGCGGACAAAGGACGGCACCACGAUCUGCCUUGCAAGGUGUACUGUGAUUUCUGCCGGGCGCCAAUCAUGGACGAAGGGCGCAACAUGAUACUGCUGUUCCCGCCUCUGAUCCAGGAAAUCAGCAGCGAACGGGGCGUCGAGGCGUUCAAGCCUCAGUGCCACCUUUUCUACCCGCAGCGAGUACUGCAGUUCAAGGGUGAUGGCAUGGAUAAGUGGGAAGGGCUGGACAAGAAGAGUGCGUCGCUGGACGAUGAUGGGAACGUCGUGGAGAAAUGA